GCAGGGCUGCCCGCGCACUCCACCGCCAGAGUUUCUGGCUUUCACCUGCGGCUCCCCGAGGGCCCGCGGCGGCGCACGUGCAGUGGAUACUUCCACCCUUGAGAGGCGGGGUCGUGCGCAGAGCCAAUGAGAACGUGGGGGGUGGAAGAGUAGAGAAGCUUCCAGAGGCCGUCGCAGAGGAGGUUAUAAAUAGGGUGCGGGAGGGCAAAGGAGGGAGAGCCAUGCAGUCCAAGCGCGAGUGUGAGCAAUGGUGUGAGAGGGUGAAUCCAGAGAACAAGGCGGCCCUGGAGGCGUGGGUCAGGGAGACGGGCAUCCGGCUGGUGCAGGUGAACGGGCAGAGGAAGUAUGGCGGGCCACCCCCAGGUUGGGUGGGCAGCCCACCGCCGGCCGGGUCCGAGGUGUUUAUAGGGCGGCUGCCCCAGGACGUGUACGAGCACCAGCUGAUCCCACUGUUCCAGCGCGUGGGCCGCCUCUACGAAUUCCGCCUAAUGAUGACCUUCAGCGGCCUGAACCGCGGGUUCGCCUACGCCCGCUACAGCUCACGGCGCGGCGCACAGGCCGCCAUCGCCACGCUGCACAACCACCCGCUGCGGCCCUCCUGCCCGCUGCUGGUGUGCCGCAGCACGGAGAAGUGCGAGCUGAGCGUGGAGGGCUUGCCGCCGGGUCUGAGCCACCACGCGCUGCUGCUCGCGCUGCAGCCGCUGGGCCCCGGCCUGCAAGAGGCGCUGCUGCUGCCCAGCCCCGGGCCGGCGCUCACGCAGAUCGCGCUGCUCAAGUUCAGCUCGCACCGCGCUGCUGCUAUGGCCAAAAAGGCCCUGGUGGAAGGGCAGUCCCGCCUCUGCGGAGAGCAGGUGGCUGUGGAGUGGCUAAAGCCAGACCUGAGGCAGCGACUGCGCCAGCAGCUUGUGGGUCCCUCACUACGGUACCUUCAGCCUGAGGGCAACCGAUUGGCCCUGGCCAGGGACAAGCUAGGGUCCCAAGGAGCGCGGGCUGCCCUGCAGCUGCUGUGCCAACGAAUGAAACUGGGCAGCCCAGUAUUCCUCACCAAGUGUUUGGGCACGGGCCCUGCUGGCUGGCACCGCUUCUGGUACCAGGUGGUGAUCCCUGGGCAUCCAGUGCCCUUCAGUGGCCUCAUCUGGGUUGUGCUUGCCACAGAUGGGCAGGAUGGGCAUGAGAUAGCCAAGGAUGCCGUGUCUGCACGGCUGCUGGAAGCCCUGGGUGAGCCUGGGGCCAGCCUCUUGUGGUCUGCUGGGGCUGAGGCAGGUACCAUAGUUAAGCAGUGACCCCCGUCCUCUCAACAGAGGCAGCCUACAACGGUUGGCAGAGCCUGUGUCGGUCCCCAGCCCAGCAGGCCUGGGCAGCCGACCAGCUGAUUAAAAAAGGGGGAAGGCACCUCGGCCUGAUAGCUUCCCUGUUGGGACAUAGCCCCAGCGUGUCUGGGGCAGCUCAGGUUUGGCUUGAGUUACGCUGGUGGGCCUUGUCCUCUCCCCUUUGAGUCUCCACCUAACCCAUGGUCUUCCCUUUGUGACAUACCCACCCUGCCCUCCCCUGCUAUUCCUUCCCACCCUCUGCACAUGAAUCUGUUAGAUUUUUUUGACUUUGGUUUUUUUAUUUGGGGGGACCGGCUGAGCCAAAGGGUCAGAAAUUCUGCCCUUCGUCCCUAGCACUUGGCACUAUGGUUUUGGUUUAUGUAUCGUUUCGACGUUUUCUAUGCUGGUUGUAUUUAUAUUAAACCCCUGGUUAGUAUAUA